AUGAGCUCGCCUCACCAACCCGGCACCCAGUUUGGCGCAGACGGUGACGGCCAAGAAGCAGCGGUAGAUACGGACAUGAAUUUGAAGGGUGGUCUCUCUGGCGACGUUCCCGUGAAGACCUCGACCUGCGCCACUCACGUUGAUGGCCACGAGACUCCAAGAACAACCUCACAAUCUUCAGUCCGUCGGUUCCUCAUUUUAGUUGGCAUGUUCUUGUCGCUCUUCAUCUCGGCACUCGACCAGACCAUCGUCACAGGCGCUCUACCGUACAUCGCGGCCGAUCUCGGCUCCUCAGGCAGCGGCUAUACUUGGGUCGGAUCUGCAUUUGCUCUGGCCCAGUUUGCUGUUUUGCCUCUCUUCACACAGGCAGGCGGUUUCUUUGGCCGAAAAUGGACUCUGCUUUGUGCAAUAUCCGUGUUUCUGCUUGGAAGUGUCUUGUGCGGUUGCGCAAACAGCAUGACAGUCCUCAUCGCCGCCAGGGUCGUGCAAGGUGUCGGUGCUGGUGGGAUUAUAACCUUGGUCUAUAUCCUCAUCGGUGAUCUAGUAAGCACAAAAGACCGGGGCAAAUACCAAGGCUUGAUCGGGGCAACAUGGGCUGUGGCCAGCGCUGUUGGCCCAGUCCUGGGCGGCGUUUUCGCUGACAAGGUUUCGUGGAGAUGGUGUUUCUUCAUCAACGUCCCUGCCUCAGUGCUGGCCUUCCUGGUGAUCAUGUUGUUCCUCCACAUGACGCACCCACGGGUAAGGCUUUCCGAAGCCAUUCGCAAGCUUGAUUAUUUGGGCAUCACAGUGACUGCCGGUGCAACGACUCUUAUCCUCUUGGCUCUGCAGUGGGCUCAACAAGGCGCAGCAUGGUCCUCAACCCGCCAGAUUGCUUUCCUGGUACUGGGCGGCCUCGGCUUUGUGGCACUCCCGUUCAUCGAAGCCAAAGUACCGACGCCCAUUGUCCCUCUGAGUCUGUUUGCACACCGAACCAGAAUCGGGGCUUACGCGGCUUCACUUUUGCAUGCUGUGGCCUACUCUGGCAUUGCAUAUUACACGCCGUUGUAUUUCCAAGCCGUCAAAUGCCAGAGCGCUUCGGCGGCUGGUGUAAACAUACUUCCAUUGGUGAUUUCUCUCACCAUUGCCAGCACUGCCAGUGGAUAUCUGAUUACCUGGACCAGAAAAUAUCAAGCAUUGGUUUGGGGUGGAUUCGUAGUAUCGGCUGUCGGAUCCGGUCUCACGAUCAUGCUCAAUCAGUCUUCCGGUAAAGCUACACAGAUUGCAUUCCUGAUUCUUACUGGUCUUGGUCUCGGGCCUAACUUCAACUCGCUUCUGAUCCCAAUACAUGCGUCCUUUGGCGACGAGACUGAGACCGCUCCUGAUGUUCUGGCGUCGUCAACCGCUGCUUACGUCUUCUUGCGCUCCAUGGGAUCCGCCCUGGGCAUCAGCAUUUCGGGCCUCGUGUUCUUUCAGGGCCUGGCCGAUGUCCACUUCAACGGUAUGCCGGCGUCACAGGUGGUUGGGCUUGUGCGAGAACUUCCUGAGCCUCAAAGAUCUCAGGCCGUUGACUUGUUCUCGAGGGCCAUGCGGCAUGUCCACAUACAGCUGACAGUCGUGCUGUCGGUAGCCUUACUAGCAAGUCUGCUCGUGAAGAAGCAUCAACUGCAGGACAAGGUGCAGUCUAACCACAGACUGGUCGAGCAGAAAUCUUGA